GCUGAGGCGCGAUGGGUGACGCCGCCGCCCCCUCAGCCGCCCCCGGGGGCGGGCGGAGGGCCCCGGCCCGCGGCAGGUGGGAGCGGGCGGCGGCGACGGGGCGGGCCGGCGAGCAGCGGCUCGAAAUCCCCCACGUCGUGAGUUUCCGGCGGGCGGAGGAAAGGGGUGAGUCACCCGCGGCGCCGGGAAUAAAUAGGCGGGCGCCUACCUGGGAGCGGCACUGGGUUCCCGGCGCCGAGCACCCGCGGAGCCCCAGCCGCAGCCAGAGCCCGCCGCGCCAUGUUGCUGCCCUGCGCCCUCCUGGCCGCGCUCCUGGCCGCCGGCCGCGCAGCCAACCCUUGCUGCUCCAACCCCUGUCAGAACAGAGGAGUAUGCACAACAACAGGAUUUGAUCGGUAUGAAUGUGACUGCACAAGGACAGGAUAUUACGGGGAAAACUGUACGACACCGGAAUUCUUCACAUGGCUGAGGCUAACAUUGAAACCUUCACCAAAUACUGUCCACUACAUCCUCACCCACUUCAAAGGAGCCUGGAAUAUCAUCAACAACAUUCCCUUCCUACGAGAUGCUAUUAUGAGAUAUGUAUUAACGUCAAGAUCACACUUGAUUGACAGCCCGCCAACUUACAAUAGUGAUUAUAGUUAUAAAAGCUGGGAAGCUUAUUCCAAUCUUUCCUAUUACACAAGAAGCCUUCCACCAGUGGGACUUGACUGUCCAACACCAAUGGGUGUUAAAGGUAAAAAAGAGCUCCCAGAUUCAAAGCUGAUUGUGGAGAAGUUUUUGCUAAGGAAAAAAUUUAUUCCUGAUCCACAAGGCACAAAUGUGAUGUUCACAUUCUUUGCCCAACACUUCACUCAUCAGUUCUUUAAGACGGACCACAAGAAAGGACCUGGCUUCACCAAAGCUCUUGGCCAUGGGGUUGACUUGAACCAUAUUUAUGGAGAGACUCUGGAGAGACAACUUAAACUGAGACUUCUAAAGGACGGAAAGUUAAAAUACCAGAUGAUUGAUGGAGAAAUGUAUCCGCCAACAGUGAAGGACACUCAGGCAGAGAUGAUCUACCCUCCUCACGUACCUGAACACUUGCAGUUUUCUGUUGGGCAGGAGGUGUUUGGUUUGGUCCCAGGCUUGAUGAUGUAUGCUACAAUAUGGCUGAGGGAACACAACCGGGUCUGUGACGUCCUGAAACAGGAGCAUCCAGAGUGGGAUGAUGAGCAGCUGUUCCAAACUGCUAGACUCAUAUUGAUAGGAGAGACAAUCAAGAUCGUUAUUGAGGACUACGUGCAACACUUGAGUGGCUACCACUUCAAACUCAAGUUUGAUCCUGAGCUGCUGUUCAACCAGCGAUUUCAGUACCAGAACCGGAUUGCAGCCGAGUUCAAUACUCUCUACCACUGGCACCCGCUUCUGCCCGACACUUUCCAGAUACACGACCAGGAAUACACUUUCCAGCAGUUCCUCUACAACAACUCUAUAAUGUUGGAACACGGCCUUUCCCAUAUGGUGAAAUCUUUCUCCAAGCAAAGUGCUGGCAGGGUUGCUGGUGGGAAGAAUGUUCCUGCUGCGGUACAGAAAGUAGCAAAGGCUUCAAUUGACCAAAGCAGACAAAUGAGAUACCAGUCCUUGAACGAGUACAGGAAACGCUUCAUGCUGAAACCAUUCAAAUCGUUUGAAGAACUUACAGGAGAGAAAGAAAUGGCAGCUGAACUGCAAGAGCUUUAUGGAGACAUUGAUGCUAUGGAGCUGUACCCAGGCCUUCUUGUAGAAAAGCCACGACCAGGUGCCAUCUUCGGUGAAACGAUGGUGGAGAUUGGAGCACCAUUCUCUCUGAAAGGACUGAUGGGAAAUGCUAUCUGCUCCCCUGAGUACUGGAAGCCUAGCACCUUUGGUGGGAAAGUGGGCUUUGAAAUAAUCAAUACUGCCUCCUUACAGAAGCUCAUCUGCAACAACGUGAAAGGCUGUCCUUUCACUGCUUUCCACAUCUUAAAUCCUGAACCCACAGAGGCAACUAUUAAUGUUAGUACCUCAAAAACAGCAAUGGAAGAUAUCAACCCCACACUACUACUGAAAGAGCGAUCUGCUGAGUUGUAAAAAUCCAUCUAUUUAUUUAUUUAAUUAUAUAAUUUAUUCUAUUUAUGGCUUAAAGGGUUUAAAAAAAAAGGGCAAAAAAACAACAAAAAAAAAAAUACUUGAGCAUCUUUAUUGUGGAGGUUGCCCUAGAUUCCUUACUGAGGUAAGGCUUCUAUUUAGAAAAGGGAUUUUUGUGCCUUUGAGCUCUACAGUGGUGAAUCCCUUGUUCAGUCUUCUGUAACAGAACUAUGUAUUCCAAAGUGGACAAAGGUUCCAACUUUUUUAAUGUUAUUUUAAUACUUGACAAAGGGCGUUAGUGGGGUUUUUUGUCUUUUCACUUGAUAGGCCACAUAACACUACAAAAGUGACUUAAUGAAUACUGCCAGAAAAGAUUAUUGAUUCAAGAUGAGCACUCCAGGAUUAACAAAAAGUACAUAUACUUGAGACUCACUUAUUUAUGUAGUCAGAAAAUGCAUCGCAUUUAUCGUUGAUACUACCUCUCCCUCAUUGCGGUUAAGGCACUUUGUAUAGUAACUUAUAUGUUGUUUUUUAAUGUGUAAAUCUACUUUCAUGUGGCAUUAUACUUUUUUAAUUUAAUUAUUUAAAGAAAAUAGAACUCCUGGAUCCUACCUGGUUUUGAAGCAUAUGUCACAGAAGUAUUAUUUGUGUAAGAGGAUGAUAAUAAGGUACUGAGCUUAGCUGCAAUACAAGGCUGCUUGUAUUUUCAUCCAGAUGUUUUAUUGUGUAAGUUUGCAGAGGUCUUAAACUUAGUCCAAAGUAUUGGUAUUCUUUCCAUAGCUGUAGUUCUCUGGUCUACUUGAUAAUACAGUUUUAAUCUCUGUCGAUUUAAGGACAAAUGGACAGUAUAGCUUUAGUUAAGGGUGUAACUGUAGUAUAGCUUUGUGUACCCAUAGCAUGGAGAUUGUUGGAGAACAGUGAAACCUGAGGAGCUGUGUAAACAUACGCAGUGGAGGAAUGAAUGCAGAAUGGGUUUAGCAAAAGUGCACGGCACCAGGACUUGAAGGUAGCUGAUGUCGACGUACACAAGUCAUACUCGUGAUUUAGUUCUGUUUAUUGGGGGAGGAGGGAUAAUGUUUUGUUUAUAACUUAUAAACAGAGGCAUUUUAAGUAAGUGGCUUAAGCUUAAUUAAAACUGGCUAGCUAGCACAAAAUCUUCUAGACGUAUUUGUCCUGAUCCAGCACUAAAAUAUCUAGUCUCAUCUGGGCACAUAAGUUACACGGGAUCUUGUACCAGCACUUCAAAGUUUGCAUAUAAGGGUAUCUUUUUUUAAUUUCUAGAGAGGAAAUGUAGAAGAUGAUCUUCCCAUAAAAACAGCUGAGGAACUGUAGGUAAAAAGAAAAAGUCACUUCAGACUGGAAUAGAUCAGCAGCCUGGUAUUCUGUGCCCCUGCCCAAUAUUCCUUGACUACUUGUGGAAAAGGACUUGAGUUUUAUAUUUCAUCUGAAUCUCUCAAACAUUUGUAGAGGCUUGUGCAUUGUACUGGCUAUGGCAGUAGUAUAGUUUGACUGUGACUUCUGUUUGCUGAUUUGUUUAGAGACCCAGAUUACCUUAUGCUGUGUAAGUGUGAUUGUUAGUGUGAAUAGCCAAAUCAAGAUCUCCUAUAACGAUCAAUAUCAGUGAGUGAUUUGAGGUGGUCUUUGAUAUGAAUGCUUUGGGAGAAAGAAGGGCAUUUAUUUUCCUUUUUCUAUUUGAAGCAUGAAGAAGGGAAAAACUUCAAUAACCUUGUAUUAAAAGGUGGUCAGUACUGUAUAUGCUAGUAAGUGAAAACUGCUUGGACACUGUUAAAAGGUGUAAUUGUCAUUCAGAUCCAUCUUUGGAGCACCCUUCUGCCUUUAACAAGGAAAAGUGUUUGGCUUAGAGUGAAAGGGAGACAAGUCUGGACAGAUUUAGUUCUUCAGGGGUAGUUAAAAGUCCUCAGACCAUGUCACUUGAGUUAAAAGCUGCUUCAGAAAGGAAUCAUGUUCACUCUGCAUUUUGUACUCUGCAACCACAUUUCACCAGUCACUUGUCUGUGACCCAACCUGCUGGGUUUGGCUGGGUUCAAGUUGCUCAUGAUAAAUAUGUAUGUUUGAGAUUAUUUAUUUUUAAA